AUGCUUACGUGGUCUCUGGAGCUGUUUGAUCGGCUGCGGGACACGAUGCAGACACUGUCCAAGGAGCUCCACGACGACGAUGUGGACGCCAACAACCUUCGGAAGAUGCUGAACGAGGUCUCGUACCUGAAGGAUGACUUUAAGAUGUCUCUGGACAAUCCGAAACAGAGUGCUUCUGAUCGGGAGACUAUCCAGAAGGGAAAAUACACAUUUGGAGACGAUGAACGUCAACUCUCUCCUGAGUUUAUCGAGGGAACGCUUCUCAUCGCAGAUGAGCUUCAACUAAACGAAGCAGCUGCUGCAGAGCUCGUCGAGUACGCCAUCUCUUCUCGACAAGGCUCCGACAUGUCUCUCAGUGAAGCUGCAAUCUACGCCUACUACACACGUCGACAACGUAUACUCGACACAGUUCGUUUCCUAUAUUUUUGGAUUCAUGAGGAGAAGGAUAAGCCCGAAUUGAUUAGCGAGCUCAAGAAGAUCGCAGCUGUUAUUGGACCCCACAAGGAAGUGUUCGACAAGUGCGUCGACAACAUGUCCAAGGAUGUAAAUGCUCUGAAGGAUCUGGACGAAAAGGAGAAGCAGGGAGUCUUUCUGGGCCGAAACCAGGACCCUAAGUUCGAGGCGACACUCAAACUGCGGCGGGACUUCAUUCUGCAGGAACAUGAGGAUCUGGGCCAAACCAUCACUGUGUUGAUUCUGUCCGAGAAGCUCGAUUUCGACUCCAUUAAGAAGCUGAUUACCGCUGCUUCUUCGCUUCGAGCAUAUAACACCCUGCUUUUGCAUCACGUGCCUGCUUUGCUGUCCGUCUUCGGUCUGAUUGAAGCCGACAAUAUCCAGCGACUCUCUGUUGGCGACACUCUCAAGCUCCGAAGCGACCUGUUCAGCAAGUCAAUUGAGUGGGGCAUUCCUACAUUCCAGCGGUUCAUCCAGCUUGCAUUUCUUGCAGGAUUAGCUGCCCUGGCACGUUCAGACGAAGGUCUCAGUUCUCAAGUGAACUUCACACGCGACAUCCUCGAUGUCUGUCGAGAGGCUAUCGACGAGGGUGCUCUGGAGUUUGGAUACGCAUUGGCAACUGACACUGCUGCAUUCAACGUCCGAAACGUGUUCUACGAUAUGCGGCCUGCUCUACAGCAGCGAGUGCCCGAGUUCAAGUUUCUGCGACGACUGUCGGCUGAUUUCGAGGUACUCUGGACCCGUCAGAUGCAGUGGUUCAUUAGCACGUUCAUUUCACAUCUUCCCGACUUGCUCAAGCAGAUGAAACAGUCCGAAGAAGACACUUUCCUGGCCAACGAGGCCGUAUCUGAUCCCGACCUUCAGCUUCAAGACGAUGUGGGACGUGAUCUGGAACGGUUCUACAUGAUGGUGUCAAAUCUUUACGAUGGCCACCCUGAUGCUGCUUUGGAUUACUGGGUUGAUGGCGAGAGUGAUCUGUACGGUUUUGUGGAUUGGGCUUCUCAUUUCGCCGACUCUCCUCUCAUGGCUGCUACUGCCACAAACAUGCUGGCUUCUCUAUCUACUGGUCCCGAAUGUGCAUCCAACGCCCACCGAUUUUUGGCUGCUGAGUUGCCCAAAACCAGAAACCCUAGACUCACUUGGCAUCAGGUUCUGGACGCUUUCGACUUCUACGUCGAUGCUCUUUCCCCCCAGGUUCCUGAGCGUGGAACCACCACAAUGCCCAAUGCGCUGGUUCAAGUCGCUGCCCCUGUGCUAGACAGACAGGCCACGAUGAUGAUUGAGGCAUACAUGCACUUGGUUUCGCAGGUGCUGGCAUACUCCCCUGAGGCAAGAGAAUACCUUUUCGAGGCCGGCUUGGUAGAUCGAGUGUUUGGAUUGCUGACAGUUGAGACUGGAGUAACUGGAAUUGUCCUGGAAGCUCUGUCCGGUCUAGCAGUUGAUGCCCCUCUGGAGGUCAAGCGACUCCUCUGGACUCGUCUGGACGCCUGGGCUUUUCAGUCUGUUUACUACACAGCCGAUGGACGAAUCCUCAACAACAACUUGUCUCCCCGUGAGCGACUUCAGGGUCUCAUCACCGAUCUUCAGAGUGCUGUUGGAUUCUCCAAGCUCGUUGAACGGCUCAUGUACCCUGUCGUCGAUAUUGGUGGAGAUCCUAUUGUGCCUGCUCUUCCUUUCCCAUUCGAGCUGGGUGCCAACUACAGAUUCCCUGGCGUCUGGGUGUAUGUUAACUACAUGCUGGAGGAUAUUCUCUACUACUCUUCCGUCGCUCAACUAGAAGAGAGUCAAAAAAUGAUCCUGCAAAUCACUUGUUUCAACUUCGCAAAGAGUUGUCUCAGACUCUUCAACCCCGACACAAUCAGACUUGCCGCAGCGGCUGGUGUGUCUCUUGACAAGAUUAUGGACAACGACCUGACAUUCAAGCAAUACCUCAUUGCUCAUCCUUGUCCUCUGGCCAUGGCUUUGAUUUUCAACGAAAAGCUGUACACCAUUAUUCUGGGUCUGUGUGAGACGUCAGCUGAUAUGUCUUCUAACCUUGCUCGGUACGAGAUUGAGCGAACUGCAUGUGCUCUGGCUAUUGUCGAUCUGGUGUUCAGCAUGGAGGAAAACUUCAUCGACAACAUGCUGCCUGUUCUGCAGGAGAUGAGCAAGAAGAACGACCAGAUCAUCAGCAACAUGAGUGUACAUUCGUUCGAGGAGGCCAUUCUCUUCCGGAUGACUGUCAUUCCCCAUCUAGCCCAUCACAUGGCGUCUGCCAAUGCUGGCAUUGCUGCUACCUCUUUCAGCAUUCUGUCUCGAGUUUCUCAAUCGUCCCUGUUCAACGACAACGAUGGACGAAUCGCCACGAGCCUGGAGCCCCAGAACCGUCUGCUGCGAGCAUUCAAGACAUACUCUGACGCCCAGAAGAUCAAGUCUGGCAUUGUGGAACAACUCGAGCGACCCUUCGACGACUACGAGCACGAGCAUCACAAGGCUACCGGUCUGGAGCUCAAGCUGUCGAUUCUGCAAUUCAUUUCUUCUAACCUGGGCCGUGAUUCCGCUGAUGCUACCGUUGCUCAUUUCCUGCUCGGAUUUGCAAUCAACGGAGACGGCUCUCUGGCUGCCGACAACGGCACUUAUGGUGUUGCCAAUCGAAACUCCGUCUUUGGGGUCAUUCUCUCUCAGCUCACUCAGUCUGUUGCCAAUAUUGACCCUUGCAACGUCUUCCUUGACUCGGCUGAAUUCGCUGCUGAAUGCGCAAAGGUCGUGAUGCAUUUGUGUCGGAACCAAAACUCGGCUGCCAUCACGUUAAGAAUUUUGCGAGACUUUGGCUUCUUCGCCCAGAUUCUCGCUGAGGAGCCUGUCACCGACAGACAGACUCUCUGGAACGGACAGGUGCUCGACAUGAAGAAACAUUUUAUCAUGAGUCCUGCUCCUGCAGCUUUCUCUUCUUUCUUCCACCACAGAACUGCUCUCUUCGAGUACUUUAGUAUGGAGGUCCACGCUUCUGCUGUCAAGGGUUCGUUGUCUGUCGUAAAGCGGUACCUGGACUCCCUGGUGACUCUUGACAAGAAGCCCCAGUGGCACUACGCUGCUUCUCAGAUCUCCACAACUGCUCUUUCGUUCCUGGAUGUUCUUGAGUUCCAAUGGGACACUCGGAUCAGCACCCAGCCUGAUUUCGGACUCUUCUCGUCCAUCAACCGAGAGUAUGUGGACAAGACUUUCGGCAAAGACAAGCUGAUUGACAUCUACGGUCUGCUGACGAAGCUUUACCAGCUUCGAGCUUAUGAGCUGACCAAGACUGGUUUCGUUACUGAGGACGAGAUCCCCAUGUUGGAUGCCCAAAUGGACGAGCUUCUCGAAUUUGAGAUGGGCGUGCGAGCUAGUGGGCGAAUGCGACAGCGACAGCUAGAUUUCCUCAACUCGUGGUGCCAGUUGGUUCUCAUUUUGCUCAACGACUGUGAGAUGAACGCUCCCGAUCGGUCUGUUUUCAUCCUGGAGGCUCUACAGAAGAUUGUGCCCAAGCUCGGAUACUACGCUUCUUCUGACUCGGACUUUGCUGAGGUUUUAGCAUCUCUCCUCUGCUCUCUGUUUGAAAUGUACAGACGAGACAUUGAGGCGAUGAACUCCUCUGCUGGUCGAGACAGAUCCCACGCUCUGUUCAGAGCCUGCAUUGGAGCCAUCAGAACGCCGGUUUCCACCCCCACACUCCGUUCCGACCUGUACAUCAUCUGCCACAAGUACCUUGAGUCGGCGGCCUCAAACCCUUCUCUGUUGAAACAAAACUACCAGGUGGUGCGUACUUCGGGAGACAAGUUGCUUGAGACUGUUUGUUCCGACGCCAUUUCCGGAACCACACACCAGAGAACAUUGGCUCUCAUGUUCCUAGAGUCUUUGGCCUCCCUGUGUACCAGAACUGAAUCUCCCUUCGUCCUGGACUGUCUGGUUCGAUACAACCUGCUAUUGUUGCUGGUUCGAAGCCUGAAGACUACCGACCAGCUGAUUCAUUCCACUUCUGAGCAGUUGCCUCUCGACAAGAUCAUGUCUGAGGUUACAGCUUUCCGAGCAGUCAUGUUUUUCCUGCUUGAGAUUGCGCAGACUCGAACUGGAGCCUUCCAGGUCGUGCAAUGUGGCAUUUUUCAGACCCUUCAUGAGUGUCUUUUCCUCAACACUGACCCUGACGUUGGCAUCCAGCUGGCUACUAAGGAGGCCAAGAAGGACAAGACGGUGGACCCCGUAGAGCUGUACUACCAGAUCCUGACUCCUGUUCUGCGUCUGCUUACAGCCAUUGUUCUUUCCAUGGGAUCGGAAAACCAUGUGACUAUUGAGCGGGUUGGCACCAUUCUGCGAGACAGACGCCAUCUAGUGGUGGCUCUGUUCAAAAAGGACGUACUCAACAAGUCUCAGUACAAGGAGGAUGACUUGGAAAAGAAGAGCGGCAAGAAGAAGCCGCUGAUUGGCACCGACAGUCUUGUUGAUGCUGCCAAGCUGUUAACGGUGUUGGUUACUCUCACUGAUGCUUUCAAAUAG